UAAGUGGUCCUGCCUCUCUAAUGUUUAUUGAUCGGGUCUAUCUGACAGCCGUGAGAAUCAGUCUCAUGGCGUCUCACCAGACCAGGAUGGGGCUUUGCAACCGCCUCCUGUAUUGGAAUUUACUAGUCGUGCACUGCGACGUUACAUGUAGAUUUUUAUACUAAGAUACAUCAACGAAAAUGAAAGACGAGGAGAAAACGUCGGAGACGGUACAGAGUACCGACAUAGACCGAAAAAAUGGAGCUGGUGUCGAAGAUAGCGGGGCUUGCAAAGGAAAUCUGCCGAACCCGGUGGUCCAUGAAGCAGGAGCUCCAGGUCGUGGCGACCGCAUCCGACCGGGAACCCGAGGAGGAACGGAGAUCAGAGUGUUAAAGCGCAACAUGAAGAGGAACGGGAGCCGGGGCUGCGUCACCAGGAAGAACCGCUUCGGCUCGCGGGAGAGGGACUGGUUAAAGGGGGAGCCCCAGCGCGGCUGCGUGUGCCUGUACGGGGCCACUGAGCCCCAGCCCCCGGCCAGCGGCCCCCAGGCCUCCUCCACCCCGCAGCCUGACCUUAGGCUGGUGCUCUGCUCCACCAGCACCACCGUAGAGGAGCUGUGUGCGCAGAGAGACUGCCAGCAGGGCCUCUACCUGCAACUGCAUGGAGACCUGCUCAGGAGGCUGGACCCUUCUGAGCGUCCACUGCAGAUGGUGUAUGACUACCUGGCAGCCAUGGGCUACGAGGAUCCUCUGCGCAUCCAGCGGGAGGCCGCCAACUCCGACCUCAGCUGCAUGAUUCGCUUCCACAGCGAGCGUCCAGUGAAUGCGGACCAGCAGGAGCGGACGCUGCUGAAGGGUGUGUUCAACGUUCGUAAGGGCAAGACACAGCUGCACAAGUGGGCCGAGCGUCAGGUCAUCCUGUGCGGCACCUGCCUCAUCGUGGCCUCCGUCAAAGACAGCCUCACCGGCAAGAUGCACAUACUUCCCCUGGUGGGGGGCAAGGUGGAGGAGGUGAAGAGGCGACAGCACUGUCUGAUGUUCAGCUCAGCGGGCCCGCAGGCGCAGACCUACUUUGUGAACUUUGACACGCUGGCAGACUACCAGCGGUGGCAUCGGCAGGCAUCGAAGGUGGUGUCUCAAACCAUUAGCCUGGUUGACCUGUCCUGCUACAGUCUGGAAGAGGUGCCCGAGUAUCUGUUCUACAGCCAGGACAUCACUCACCUCAACCUCCGACACAAUUUCAUGAGACUGGAGGGGCCUGGAGGCCUGCUAAAUUUACCCAGGUUUUCCCAGCUCAAGAGCCUGAAUCUCUCGCACAACCGCCUGGGCAUGUUCCCCGAGUCCGUGUGCGAGAUCCUGACCCUGACUGAGCUCAACCUGUCCUGCAAUGGCCUGCACACAGUACCCACGCGCAUCAGCAACCUCCAGAGCUUACAGACCCUCUCCCUGGAUGGCAAUCACUUGAGCUCUCUGCCAGAGGAACUGGGAGGCCUGACUCAGCUUUGCAGCUUGAGCCUCUCCUUCAACGACUUUCCCCACAUCCCCGCCGUGCUGGAGAGGCUGAGCGCGGUGGACAGGCUGGCCAUGGCCGGAAACAAGGUGGAGACUCUGAAGCUUAGCGGUCUGGCCAGAAUGAGCCAUCUCAAGAGCAUCGACCUACGGUUGAAUGGGCUGCGGUGUGUGACGAGUGAGACCCUGGAGCCGGUGAAGCAACUCACCCACCUGGACGUGCGGGACAACUGCCUCAGCGCCCUGGAUCUGAGCUCUGCUUGCAGCCUGGAGAGCCUGCACUGCCAGCACAACCAGCUGGGGGCGCUCACACUUAGCGGCUUCAUGUUGCGCACUAUCCACGGCAACAACAACCGCCUGACCACCGUGAACAUCUACCCAGUGCCCAACCAGCUGACUCACAUGGACCUAUCCUGGAACCUUUUGGAAUACCUGCCAGACUGGGUUUGUGACAGCAGGAAGAUUGAGGUGCUGGACGUCUCCCACAAUCUCCUGUCUGAGCUGCCGGCCAGACUGCUCAGUAGCCUGAGCCUUCGGAAACUGCUGGCUGGCAACAAUCGGCUGCAGAGCCUGCCUGACCUACUUGACCACGUCCCCCUGGAAGCACUCGACCUGCAGCACAACAAGCUAGCAGAGCUCCCCGAGAGCUUCUUCUACAAGGCCUUAAACUUAAAGUACCUGAAUGUGUCUGCCAAUGCCCUGGAGACAAUCCCUCCUAGCAGCCAAUCAGAAGAGAGCCUGAGCACCCUGCAGGAGCUUUACCUCACUGGGAACAACCUGAACGAGAACUGUGGCGCUCUACUGGUGGGCCACCAGAACCUUCGUGUCCUGCACAUAGCUUACAACCACCUGCUCUCCUUCCCCGCCAGCAAGUUGAGUAAGCUGGAAAUGCUGGAGGAGCUCAAUCUGAGUGGCAACAAACUGAGGACCAUCCCUUCCACUGUGUCCUCCUGCAAGAGACUGCACACACUCAUCGCUCACUCCAACCACAUCAGCGUCUUCCCCGAGGUCCUCAACCUGCCCGAGAUCAAGCUGGUCGACGUGAGUUGUAAUGAGCUGACUGAAAUCCUGCUGCCGGAAUCCUUGCCGGCUACGCUGCAGGAGCUAGACCUGACAGGCAACAGUAGCCUCAUUCUAGAGCACAAAACACUCAACUUAUUCAGUCACAUCACCACCCUGCAGCUAGACCAGAAGCCAUCCAUGACUGCAGGGGACACUACAGGCACAUCCACACUCUGGGACCACGGCUAUGCAGAGAUGAGCGGCCAGAGAAACAAGUUGUGUGUAUCAGUGCUGGCCGUUGAUCGCUUUGGAGACAGCGUGGAAGCAGCUUAUGGGAUCUUUGAUGGAGACCGCAAUGAGGAGGUGCCCCGUCUCCUGCAGUGCACCAUGGGAGAUGUGCUGACAGAAGAGCUACAGCAUUCUAGCAUGGACAGCGUCUACAUGAGCAACACUUUUCUCACGUCACACAGGAAGCUGGGUGUGGCUGGGCAGAAGCUGGGUGCCUCUGCACUCCUGUGCUACAUUCACCACGAGUCCACCGACCCCGGCAGUUACUUUUUCCUGACUGUGGCCAACGUGGGCACAUGCCAGGCAGUCCUGUGCCGGGAUGGUCAGCCACUUCUCCUGUCAAAGGUCUUCAGCCUGGAGCAGAGCACAGAGGAGAUGGAGCGUGUCAAAACCUCUAAGGCCAUCAUCACAGAGGACAAUAAAGUGAGUGGUGUGACGUGCUGCUCCCGUCUGCUCGGCUGUUCCUACCUGUCUCCGUGGGUGCUUCCCAAGCCCUGGGUACGCACCGAGCCCUUGUGCUCACAGGACGAGUUCCUGAUCCUAGGCAACCGGGCGCUCUUUCAGAAGGUGUCCUACCAGGAGGCGGUCAGCACCGUGCAGGCAGUCCGAGACCCCCGCGCUGCCGCCAAAAAGCUUUGCACGCUAGCACAGAGCUACGGUUGCCGGGACAACGUUGGGGCAGUGGUGGUUGCGCUGCACAUUGGGGAGGACAGCUGCACCUGUGAGCCACCGCUUACCACCACCAUUGCGCCAGCCCCUGAGGGUAAAGGGCCAGUGCCCACCCCAUUGCAAGCUCCCAUCCCCAUCUCAGUGCCCCCUACAGGUGACCCUGCCACCCCUUCCUCCAGCAGUGGCAUCGCCUCUGAGUUCAGCAGCGAGGCCUCAGCCUCGGAGGUUGGCAGUGAAGCGGGGUCCACAGCCUCUGAUGAGCACCCGUCCAACCCUGCAGCUCGCCCUGAGCGUCGUUGCAGCCUGCACCCAACCGCGAUCACGAGUGCAACAGUGAACACAGGAGGACCAGGAGGACCAGGAGGAGGCCCGGGACCUGGGGGAGCCCGUCCUGCCUUGUUCCAGCGCCAGCCAUCUUGCGCCACGUUCUCAAGCAACCAGUCUGACAACGGGCUGGACAGCGAUGAUGAGGCCCCCUUAGAGGGUGUCAUCUCCAACGGCAGUAAGCUGGAGGUGGAGGUAGACAUCCACUGCUGUGCCUUCCAGAUCCGGACUGGAGCCCCAGAGAGCCCCAAUGAGAAAGACUCCCGAAAUUCCAACUACCCCAAUGGGAAGGUGAGGCGUCAGAACAGUGUGGUGGUGUCAACCACCAAUGGAUGCCUGUUGGCUGUCUGCGGCAGGGAGAUCACCGACCUGAAGAAGUCGCCCUCCACCUCGAGCCUCUUUGGCAAGAAGCUCUCCAACGGCUCGGUAGUGGUUCCUGAGGAUAGCCACAAUCUCAUCGAGGUAGCCUUGGAGGCUCCCAAGAAGAAGUCUGGUUACUUUGCAGCUCCUGCACAACAGGACCCAGAGGACCAGUUAGUGGUGCCUCCUAGUCUAGAGCAGGACGUUCGGGAGCAGCUGAGGAUCCAGAGCCAGGUGGUUCCAGGGCCUCCAGCUCCUUCUACACCCCUUUCUGCCAGAGACCCAGGCUGGGACCACCCUCAGACGACAGUCCCUGGACUCCCUGUCACUACCCUCCAGCAAGAGGUCUACGACACAGCCCUGUAACGGCUCUGGUGUUGGGGCAUCUCUCUGAGGCAGCGCCAUACCAAGACGAAAGGCAAGGCCCUUAAUGGUACCUGUGGGAUAUUCCAGUUCCUAUGUCCAUUCAGCCCUGUCAUUGUGUGUGGAGGCCCAACUGUGCUCACCCGAUAGCAUGCCAUCUGCCUGGGGCGCUAGAUGGUAGUCUAUCCGUGGAAGCCUAGCAGGGGGAUAGUCUUAUGGACUGGUCAGGCAAGGAGUAUCAGGACCAAUGAAACGAGGUCUUAAAAAUAAGGUUCAUCCCCAUAGCAUGAGCUGGAAUACCUCAUAUGUACAACGGUGUUGAUCUCGUAUGCUAAUUUAGCCCUUUAUAUUAUGAUCGCACUCAAGGCAGGCUUUGAUCUCUAGCCUUAUCAUCCUAGAAAGCCUCCUCGCUAGAAAGAUUCAAGGGCCAUCCUACAACCAAAAGGUGAAAAAAAGUGCCUACUGUAAAUGUCCUGGCUCUGGGGGACUACUUUGGCUCUGUCAGUAUUGACAUCGGUCGGAGGAAUUCACUGGACCACCAUAACAGCUUCUCUCCUUCUCCUCUCUCUGUCUGUUUGUCUGUCUGUCUGUCUGUCUCUCUGUCUGUCCAACCCUGAGUCAUCCCACUGCACUGUGGAAGGCCUUGAACCUGGAGCGAUCUGCCAAAUUGUCUGCUGCAGUUGACACCAGAUGGAAGAAGGCAGUUCUGAAGCGAGGGCUACCUGCUUGUUUGAUUUCUUUCUUAAAGACACUUUUCAGUGGAUUUAAAUAGCGUUUGUCAGACAGUUUCUCACUGUCUGCUUUGAGCUCAAGACUGUGGGUACAGCCUUCCGUUAGAGCCAUGGUGAUCAUAACAAAAUAUGCCAGGCCUUUCUCCUGACAUCCAUUGCGGAGCUGUCUUCUGUCAUACACAGGGAGAAUAUUUCACAAAGAGUGCAUCACUUUCAAGCUGGCCUGGGUGAACAGAAAAAAAUAACAACUCCUAACUACUUAGACUACCCAAGGCAGGCCAGAGUAGGAAGGGGGGAGUGAGUGGACUGAUUGCAGGAAGUGCUUCACUCACAUUCCCACAAUAUGAAAUAACAAAGUGGAGUAAUUGAAGAUCCAGACAUCAGUCAACGCAUCAUGAUAUACAACAGAAAUGACCUUUGCUGCUCGGAAGACUUUUCAACUUGACUACUUGAAGUUAUAAGUGUGCCAUUUGCUAAAGAGCAAAAGAGUAAUGCCAACAAAGAUGGGUAUUAAAACUUCACUCCAUAUAGACUAAGUUUGGUCUGGCUCUCUGAUGAAACAGUGCAUUACUGUUUUGAGGAGUAAACUGGGAUAUUUCCUCUCUUUAAAUUAAAUUGUCCAACACAAGCAUACAAUAAUUAGCCUGGUUUAUAAAAUGAGGUGACAUGGUUUUUGAUAUGCCGGUGUAAGAAAAGAAGUGACACAUAGUAUAAUGUAUAAUGUAAUGUCUUUUGUCUGUGACUGUGCCUGAGUGUGUGUGGUUCCUCUACCUAGACCAUCCAUUUCAGAAAAGUGCUAUAUGUAUUUCCUUUGACAGAUACUAUAAUGUGUCUGCCUGGCAGUUCUCUUCUCAGUUUAAAGGACCAGGUGGGGAUAAAUUGGAAAAGUACUGUGAGUGAUGUACUGGCUUACAGUGGCUAUUCACCACUGUGUGCAUAUCUGUUAUGGUUUCAUUUUUCUCAUGUUCUCUCGCUGACAAAAAAAGGCCGAUUUCAGACUUGGCAGCACCAUUGCUUUGACAAGGUGAAACACCUCAUUUAGCUUUGGGUUGAAGGGACAUCUGGUGGUGAGACUUGAGAAGGGCACCUUCUGCUCUUCCUUCUACCACUAGUCAUGAUCGUCGCUGUUCUUCCACUGGUUUGCUUCCCCUUGGUUAGCCAGGCUUGCAUUAUAAUUCACAUAGAAAAUGGAACAUCUCGGUUUAUGUUUUCCAGGUAUGAAGGGUGCAAGACUUUCAUCUGUAGUAUACAGAAAUCCUAUGUCAAGUUUCCUGAAGCUAAACUCUUCAUUGAGAGAAUACGUGUACAUCAAUAAAUGUGCUGUCUGAAAAUGCGGUUUAUCUGAGGGCUUGGAAUGAAAGCUAUCCUAUUAGCUGGACCUAUGUGGCUUGCGAGUAUGGAGCUAAUGAUGUUGCUGAGGUUAUCAUGUGCUUAUCAGGUGCUGAUAUUAUCAUUUGUUUAACUUUUUUGUUAAUGCAAUAGAGUUACAUUCCAUAGAGAUGGCAAAAUGGCAUUUAAUUAUAAGAAUUCUUAUAGGAAAUGUCAAGAAAUGAUAUAGACAAAACAGAAAUAUAUGUAUUUAUGGUACUUUAUAUAAAUGCACCACAUUGAUUGGUACAAGUGCACCAGAUUAAUUUGUACAAGCUGCAAUUGGAUUGUUAGUUUUUGCCAAGUUAAUUGAAAUUUUCUUUUUCUGUAGUUCUGGAAAGAACACUGAAGCUCCUUGGACUGUAGGCCUAUGUCUCCCUGGUCAAGGAUAAGAAAGGAUACUUUAUACCCCUUAUACACAGUUCCCUCUGUAGAGUAGUGUGAGUUGUUGUACCAUUUAAACACUGGAUGAAGGCUUUAAUGGUUUUUAGUUUGAAUUCACAGCACUGAAGCUGUGUGGGUGUGAAUUCUUCACCAAAUGCUGUAAUCUGACUAUGCUAUAUCAUAGUAUAUCAUAUCAUGAAUAGUGCGGAAUAGCCUGAUAGACACUAAUGUUCAGGAGUUUGUUCACAUUUCUAGGUUUAGAGCUGCAGCCUUAUACCCAUUUGUCCAAAUUGGGCUUAGCAGUACUUUGAUGUUGUUCAGCAAUUUUCAGUAUUUUUUUCAUGUAUGUGCCAAAAUAUCUAAACACUCACACAGAAACACAAUCCUACCACUCAAACUUUUAUAUUUUAACCCUUUGUGGGGGACAUGGAUUGGUGAGUCUGUGUCUUUACAAUGGAGUUGUAGACCAUACUACAUUACCCACAAGGGCCAAAAGGCAUGUGGACCUAGUGGCCCCUGUCCAAGGGAUGGGUAUAUAGGUGUGUGUGUGUGUGUGUGUGUGUGUGUGUGUGUGUGUGUGUGUGUGUGUGUGUGUGUGUGUG